UAUGACUGACGGUUGGAUAUUUUGCAGGAUGAUUGUGAAAUGCAUUUAUACUAUUUUUAGCACAAUUCAACUCCCAAUUCCUAUAAUUUUCAGACGACACUACCAGGAAUUCAAUCCUAACACACCCACUCAAUCCAUGCAUCGAAGAACAGCUCAAAACAAUUCAACUAAUAUAGGAAUGAGGAUACCCAAUAUCCCAUUUGAAGGAGACAACUACUAUUCUACAUUUCACAAAACACCUGAAAGGAAGAUAUUCAGAAAGGAAGAGUGGGAAGCAUUCACUAAAGAAGAAACGACAAAAGCUCUGAGGGAAUUAGUCUCAUCCCCUGAUUUCGGUACCUGGGCUGCAGAAAAUGCUGAAAGAAUCACUCUCACUCCUCCAGCUGAGGCCAGAAGCAUAAAAAGGCGACGCCUUUUUGGAUGGUGGUCGUAAUAAUUCUUUCUGAAUAAUCAGGUAAUCAUUUUGUAUAGUAUUAACUAGAUAAAUUUGUUAUGAAUGUUUUAAUGUAGGUUUUCUUCAUGUGUAGUGUAUGUUUGUAAUCCAUUUUUUUUACAUUGAAAAGCCUGUUAUUGGUUCA